AUGAUGGACACAGGCGCAGACCAGUCGUUCAUCACGCGCAACUAUGCAGACCACUUAGGACUCGGAAAGACGGGUCAACUGCAAUUAACCAUCCACACGUUUGGCAAUAGCUCUCCGACAGAGCAAUCUUGCGAGACAACCCAGGUCGAAAUCGAGGACCGUCAAGGAGUCCGGCACAGCUUUGAACUGGCAAAAAUCGACUUCAUAACAGGAGACGUCAAGCGGACGGAACUCCACCGCGAAGAUCGACAAUAUCUUCAAGAUCACGACAUCCAGCUGUCAAUUUCGCCACAGAUCCAAACAUUGCAAACUCCCAUUUUGCUGGGUUGUGGCGAUCUCUUCACGUUGUUCGACCAAGGACUGGGACAAAAACACAGCCUUCCAUCAGGAAUGAAACUCGUGUAUUCAAAGAUUGGAUACCUGAUUGCGACAGGUAAGAGAGUGGAGGCGAGAACAGUGAAACAUGGCGAUCUGAAGAAGCGAGCGCAAGUUGUUCUUCAGCUCCAGGACGUCGGCCCACCAUCCAUCUCUAACAACCUUUGCUGUAGCUUCAGAUCCGAU